AUGAAAACCUCGAAGGCGUCCCAGCGCUAUAGAAGCAUCCGGAGAAAUGCCAGCCAGCACUACCUCUACCACGAGUCUCUGUUGCUCAGACGAGCCAAGGAGAUUGUGCUGAAGUUUGAAGGGAGGCUGACCAGGACCCGAGGCUACCAAGCAGCAGGUGCAGAGCUCUGGCGGAAAUUUGCUCGUCUUGCCUGUAACUUUGUGGUCAUCUUCAUUCCCUGGGAAAUGAGGAUAAAGAAAAUCGAGAGUCAUUUUGGAUCUGGUGUUGCCUCCUAUUUCAUAUUCUUGAGAUGGUUAUUUGGAAUUAACAUUGUGCUCACCAUUAUGACAGGUGCUUUUAUUGUCAUUCCGGAGCUGAUUGCAGGCCAGCCCUUCGGUAGCACAGCCAGCAAGACCAUCCCCAAGGAGCACAUUGCGUCUGCCCAAGACCUGGACACUGUCUGGUCCCUGGGGGGCUAUCUCCAGUACUCAGUCCUUUUCUACGGCUACUAUGGCAGGGAGAGGCGGAUCGGGAGAGCUGGCUACCGGUUGCCCUUGGCAUAUUUCCUGGUGGGGAUGGCAGUGUUCGCUUACAGCUUCAUCAUUCUUUUAAAAAAGAUGGCCAAGAACUCCCGUAUGAGCCUUGCCAGUGCUUCCAAUGAAAACUACACCUUCUGUUGGCGGGUGUUCUGUGCCUGGGAUUACCUCAUAGGAAGCCCAGAGGCUGCAGAGAGCAAAACAGCCGCCAUUGUGAACAGCAUCAGGGAGGCUAUACUGGAAGAACAGGAAAAAAAGAAAAGCAAAAACCUGGCAGUGACAAUCUGUCUGAGAAUCAUUGCCAACAUCCUGGUGCUUCUCUCACUGGCUGGGAGCAUUUAUCUCAUCUACUUUGUGGUGGACCGGUCCCAGAAGCUGGAACAGUCCAAGAAGGAACUGACGCUUUGGGAAAAGAAUGAGGUGAGCGUGGUGGUCUCCCUGGUCACCAUGAUAGCACCAUCGGCAUUUGACCUCAUAGCUGCCUUGGAGAUGUACCACCCCCGGACCACACUGCGUUUCCAGCUGGCCAGAGUCCUUGUGCUGUAUCUGGGAAAUCUCUACAGUCUGAUCAUUGCUCUCCUGGACAAAGUUAAUAGCAUGAGCACUGAGGAAGCUGCUGCCAAAAAUAACACAAGUCACUGGAUGGAUUCUACCACCUUCCUUGCCACCAGAAUCGCCCCUAAAGAAGACAAAUGGUCCACACCUCAGCCUGGAGGAGGGCUCAGGAGAAACAGCACAUGGGCCUUAGAAGAAAUGAGCAUUCCAACCUACACCGUGCCUCUCACAAAGGCCAACAGGACCACUUUCUACACCCAGAGUCCACAAGACCAGUGUUGGGAGACAUACGUCGGCCAGGAGAUGCUGAAGCUCUCCAUCAUUGACAUGCUCUUCACCGUGGCAAGCAUCCUGCUUAUAGACUUCUUCCGAGGACUUUUCGUUCGGUACUUGAGUGACUACUGGUGCUGGGACCUGGAAAGCAAGUUUCCUGAAUAUGGAGAAUUCAAAAUAGCUGAGAAUGUACUGCAUUUAGUCUACAACCAAGGAAUGAUCUGGAUGGGAGCCUUCUUCUCCCCAUGUCUCCCAGCGUUCAAUGUCCUCAAACUCAUCGGGCUCAUGUACCUGAGGAGCUGGGCUGUGCUGACCUGCAAUGUGCCCCACCAGCAAGUAUUUCGAGCCUCCAGAUCCAACAACUUCUACUUGGCAAUGCUCCUGUUCAUGCUUUUCCUGUGCAUGCUGCCAACCAUUUUUGCUAUUGUCCGAUACAAGCCAUCUCUAAACUGUGGCCCCUUCAGUGGGCAAGAGAAAAUUUAUGACAUCGUGUCAGAAACAAUUGAGAAGGACUUUCCCGCAUGGUUCAGGUCUGUGGUGGGAUACAUCAGCAGCCCUGUGGUCAUCCUGCCUGCAGUGCUGCUACUGUUCAUGCUCAUCUAUUACCUCCAGAGCAUCGCGCGGUCAUUAAAGCUCAGCAACCAGCAGCUCAAAACGCAGAUCCAAAAUGCAAGAUCAGAAGAUAAGAAAAAGGUUGCCCAAAUGGUAGAGGCCCGAAUCCAGACCCAGGAGGAGAGUACCAAGAGACUUCCAAAGGAUGGUGAUCUUAUCAGCCAGCUGUCCUCAGCCACACCCCAAGAUAAUGGCAACACGGUCCAUUUCAACUCAGUAAGCAAGAUAGAGACCGUCACCCAGCCUGUGCCCCACAGCCCCAGGCUAGGGCUCAGGGAUCCCAGCUCACCUCUUCCUGGGGCCUCCAAAUCCAGGCCAGAGCACAAUACUAACAGGUAUCCACGUGGCCUGUGUGCAAGCAUGGGUGACCUUCACAAGAACAGAUCACGUACACCCGUGACGUUUAUGAAGCACCUCGAAGAUGUUCACUCAGAACCUCUUUUCCGAAAAGACUUUCAGCAAAUCAGCCCUCCCCUUGAUAGACCAAGGGUCUCAGUCUCGGGGUCACAGGGUCAUAGGCCCCAUGCCCCCACAUACUAUAUCAUUAAUGAAUGCAACUCUCACCAAAAAACCCAUCCAACCUUCUGGCCAGAAAGACAUUUCAAGGUAGAUGCCUCAGGGGACAUUGUGGAGAUGCACCCCAGGAACAUGCGACCCUAUGUGUCUCAGGUCCCGCCCCAGCCUUGCUCUCCACAGCUCAGUCAAGAGGAAGAGGAGAUACUGAGGAGAGACUGGAUCAAACGGUCCUUUCCCCAACGUUCCCGGAAAGAUCUCCACUGGGCUCCUUGUUUCUACAUUGGGGGAAGGUCAGACAGUCAAACCCUAGCUCCCAAGCACCAGGGAAAGGCACACUACAAGUCUUGGAAUGAUGGUUUUGAAGUUCAACCUGACAGGCCCACAUAUGUGCAUAAAAAGCCACGCUCCCGGUACUUCCAGUAUCCACAAGCCCCUCUGAAGCCCAAAGUCAAGCCCAGGUUUGAGCCAUCCCUCACGGAAUCUGAUUCCAUGUCAGUAGCAUCUAGCAGCGACCAGCAAAACAGCAGCACUGACCAGUACCUGCAAGUCAUUCACAGCCAGAGCAAGUUCCCCAGGUCUGUGGGCCAAGCCAGCAGGAGGAGGGCCAAGUUGGGGCAGGAGCUGACUGCAGAUCUGGAUGACCUGAUUUGUUCAAAUGUUUAG